AUGGAUAAAGCCAAUUUCUCAGAAGACACAACUUUGGAGCAACAGGAGGACUCGCCUUAUGAUGAGGGUUUCUCCCAAAUGAAGCUAUACAAUGAUUACAAUUUUACCUCAAAAAAUGACACCCUUGAUGUCUCAGAUCAAAUUAUUUCAGCAGUAGAUGAUCCUCAAGAAGAUGCUACACGUCAAGAGACUUGCAGAAAUGUAGGAAGAGCCCUGAUCCUGGAUGCAAUGACUGAAAAUGCCGUCAGGAAAACAUAUGAUAAAGAGAAACAAUGUACCACAAACCUUCACAUGCCGGCUAAUCAAGGAGACCUUUCAAAGUCAAACAUUUCUGAUGUUUUACUGCAUCAUCUUUCCAAAGAGGAAGUUUUUAAAGGUCAAGGUGUUAAUUGUGAAACUCUCUCAGAGACCUCUAAUGCUGACAGUUUUGAUGAGGCCGUUCUUAAAAAUAUUAUUUUGCGUUAUCUUCAGAAUUCUUGGCCAAAACCACCACCCCCGGAACUCGCUGACCAACUCAACCCCAAAAGGGACGGCGAAAACAAGAACAAGCCCAGUUGUUGUCCAACUACAGCAGAAGGAAGCACCCCUGAGGUGGAAGAGCCAGUGGCUGCUGGAGACAGCAGCCAUCCAGAAAAUUCAAAUUUGCUAACUGAAACCGAGAGUCCAAGAGAUAACCAAAAAAGUGGCCGAGGACAGACACCCCAGAAACAGCAGACUGAAAAAGCGAGAUCGGGCAAUGGGUUCAAAUGCAGCCAAGGUCAAGUGUUUCACCGGUUCUCUGAUUUCUCUAAGGUUAGUCCCAAAGUGAAAAUCCCUAAAAAUAACAUAAUUGAUAAACUCCUUAUGAUAUAUAAGCCAGCUUCUCUCCUCAACCAAGAGGCAGAAGAGAGCGAGGGGAGCCUCCAGGAAAUGCACCGCGAGGCCCCCGCUCAUCCGUCCUCAGUGUGGGUCUUUGGAAGGAGGCGGAAACUGAGUUCUAGUUCUGAGGUUCCAGGUUCUAGUUCUGACCGAAGUGUGUCUGCUGUGCGCUUGAUGUUACUGAGUACACAAGCAGCAAAGCUGGUGACGACCAACAACGGUCUCUGCCCUCACAGAGCUCAUGGCCUAGUUUUAGGAGAAAUGUUUCAGUAUCCGCGUAACAGUGUCAAACAGGAGUGCUCACAGCUAACACGUAUCGAAUGCUCAUCACACGCCGGACAGCAUGGAAUAGAAUCUGAGACAAGUCUCUUUAAGUUGGCAUCAACAUCCCAGAAAGACACUUCCUUGAAUUCUUCUUACAUAUUUCAAAAAAUAUCCCACGGGAAAAAGAUGUGUCAGAAGUUAAGAGAACAGACUGACCAACUGAAGACGAAAGUACAAGAAUUUUCCAAAAGCAUAGCCCAGAACUCUCCCUGCCAUUUGCAAGACAAGAGGCUGGUUCUGGAGAAACUGCAGGGACAUCUUGAAUUGCUGGGGCAGGAGUUUCUGACCAAAAAGGAGAAGCAUCUGACUUUGAAGCAGCAAGUCUACAAGCACGAAUCCCCAGCUGCCAGUGACUUUGAUCCAGAAAGAAAAGUAGAAAGUGAAAUCUUCAAGUUAAAGAUGCUGCUUGAAGAUGUGAAAGAGAAAAGCGAUGAAAGCAAACCAACCUCAGCUCUUCCCCCGAGUUCUCCAACCAUCCCGGACGAGUUGGCAUCCGCACCCUCUCCACCCUCAGAUGAGGAGGACCCCAGCAAGGCCUCCGGAAAGCAGAAACAUGCAGAGACAACCAGUCGGAGCUGUGCCUUCUGCCAUCAGAUCUGUGAAUGGAAGCAAAAAAUGGAGAAAAAAGGCCAUAGAAGGAUCAACUGCGGAAGGUUUCCCAUUGUCCUCCAAGAAAAGGCACUGCACCCAAAUUCAAUCCUCAGCCCUGAAACAGGACACAGCUGCUAUUUCACUUCCGGCACUGGACUGCGGAGUAAUAAAUGUGAGACCUGCGGCACUGACAUGCACCGGUCCCCAAGAGUCUGCCACAAAGAAGCACUUAAAGAAUUUCAUUACAGAUACAACACCCCAGGACAGAAUUACUUAAAUCAUAGCGAAAGACGUGCCUUUGUCCCGCUUCACUUUUUAAAUGAAAAUAAAUAUUCUUCACCUUCUUGUUCAAAACCAAAAUGGAUCUGUUCCCAGAGAGCAAAUUUGAAAUCCCCUCAAGAUGAACAUGAGCCUGUACCAGGGAAAAAAAAUCUUAAGGCUUUCACGACCUACAGUUUGGACCUUGCUACACCCUUACCCCAUUUCCACUCUUGCAGGAUUUCUGGAAGCAAAUACUUAAGCAACUUUAGCGGUACAGAAGAAACGAAAUCUGAGGUUUUAAACUUGUCUUUGGAUUAUGCCCUAAGGACAGCAACCAUUUUGAAAGAAACUACUGAUCAAAUGAUUAAAACUAUUGCAGAAGAUCUUGCUAAAGCACAGAAAUGGAGGAAUCAACUGAAAUACUAGUUUGACCCAAGGCGACCAAGGAUUUUUUAAAAAGCAAAGAAAACUUGAUCUUUCCCUCCCCCCCAGUAUUUACUUAUUACACAAUUUAGGAAGAUUGUGAUAGGAAGAUUAUUUCUACAGAAAACAUCAAAAUCGUAAGAAAUGGGACACACAAAGUGCUUAAAUGAAAAAAAGGGGGAUAUGAUUCUUAAAAAUCAAACCAACAAGUAUUUAUUUAAAAAUAAAUGUUAUUCUUAACUCCUAAUAAAAGAAAUCAAAACAGUAAAAAAUAUUUUUACCUUUUAGUAUGUCAAAAAGAAAGAGAGAGAGACAGACAGGCAGGCAGGCAGACACCGACCUAGCGUCAGUGAGGAUGGGGAAGAAAGGCACUCUCCCACACAGCCAGAGGAAGUAGAAACUGGUACUAUCUUGUUGGAAGGGAAAGUGAUAAUAUCUAUCAAAUUCUAUAAACUCUAAAAGCACUUACCCUCUGAGCUGCAAUUGCACACUAGCAAUUCACUUCUCGGGUAGUUACACGAUAGGCCCCUCUAAGUGUGGAAAGAUGGCCACCAGAGCCCCAUGGGAAUAGCCCCAGGUGGAACUGAUCUAAAUAUCCUGUGACGAUUCAUAAAUAACAGCAGUCAUACAAUGAAAACUCUGCAGUCACUGAAAAGAAUGAGAUGGAUUAUCUGCAAGAUAAUGAAAAAAAGCAUGAUACCUAACAAAUAAACACAGUGUGACCUUUUGUGUGUUUUUCAAAGGGAAUAUAUACUUUCUGGAAAGCACACAAAAAUAUUCAGUGGACCUCUAAGAAUUGGAACUGGGAGUUUUGUGGGGAUGGGAAGGAUUGUUACUUUUCAUUGACUUUCUGUAUUGUAUAAAAUUAUGUUUAUAAAUUAUUUGAUUAAAGAUCUCUUGAAGUCAGAAAUAUGCAAAAA